AUGGCCCUGUCAGCCCAGCAGAUACCCAGAUGGCUCGGCUCAAUUAAGUUGAGUAGCUUCAUUAAUGGUGCACAACUCCGAAAACAUUUUCUGAGACAAAGAAAAACAUUGCUGCAUGGCUUCCCUGCUCAGCCUCAGAUGUCCUCUGACAAUUGCUGUCUCUGGUGGGGAAUUAAGACUUACAGGACUUCCUCCUCAUGGAAUAGCUCCCAGUCCACCAACUCAAGUAGCCAAGAGAAUCCUCCUCCCCACAGUGCUCUGCUUCCUUCUGCUAAUGGGCAGUCACCAAAAGCACAGAAGAUCCCCAGCGCUGAUUCCACGGUGUCUCUAGAAGGACUAGAAGAUUUGCCUCCGUUGUCGCCAUUGCAGCCAAUUACUGACCAAGAGGCUGUGCAGAUUAUUGCAGACCCUCCGCUGCCCCCAGUUUCAUUCACACUUCGAGACUAUGUGGAUCAUUCCGAGACUCUGCAGAAGUUAGUCCUUCUAGGGGUGGAUUUGUCAAAGAUAGAAAAACAUCCAGAUGCAGCCAACCUCCUUCUAAGACUAGAUUUUGAAAAAGACAUAAAGCAGAUACUCCUGUUCCUUAAAGAUUUAGGUCUAGAAGAUAACCAGCUGGGAUCAUUCCUGACUAAGAAUUAUGCAAUUUUUUCAGAAGACCUUGAAAAUCUUAGGACCAGGGUGAAUUAUCUACAGUCAAAAAAUUUCAGUAAGACAGAUAUUACACAAAUGGUCAGAAAAGCACCGUUUUUACUGAAUUUCUCAGUGGAAAGGCUGGAUAACAGACUGGGAUUUUUUCAAAAAGAACUUGAACUUAAUGUGAAGAAGACUAGAGAUCUGAUCAUUCACCUCCCAAGGCUACUAACUGGAAGUCUGGAGCCUGUGAAAGAAAAUAUGAAGGUUUACCGACUUGAAUUUGGUUUUAAACGUAAUGAAAUUCAACAUAUGAUCACCAGAAUUCCAAAGAUGUUAACUGCAAAUAAAAGGAAACUCACAGAGACUUUUGACUACGUACACAAUGUGAUGCACAUCCCCCACCACAUCAUUGUCAAGUUCCCUCAGAUAUUUAAUACAAGGCUGUUUAAAAUAAAAGAAAGACACUUGUUUCUUGCCUACUUAGGAAGAGCACAGUACGAGCCAACAAAGCCUAAUUACGUGUCUUUGGACAGAUUGGUAUCUAUUCCUGAUGAAGUAUUUUGUGAAGAGCUUGCAAAAGCCUCAAUACAGGAUUUUGAAAAAUUCUUAAAGACUCUUUAGUUUUUGAUAAAUGUUAAAAUGUAAUAAUUUAAAUUAUAUGCAAAUAAAUUACUAUUUU